AUGCGCAGAGUGCUAGGACCGCGUCAGGAUGACAUGCAGCAAUUGUACGGGACGAAACGCCUGAGAGCCAGGAGUGCUCAUGCGCCAGGAGUGCACACACUCAACGUCCCCACUUUGCCUGUUCAAGUUGUGCUCGCUGGGGCGCUUUGCCUCGUGCGCAGGCGUGGGGAUUGUCACAUUUGGAAAUGUGUGACUGAACUGAAAUUUCGAGAACACCUGAUUCCGGUGUGCGCCCAAAGGAUGUUGUCACACCAUUUUCGGAAAAUGGGCAUGAAAGCGAGAAUGAUGAUUGAAGAUGAGCACAGAUGGAAGAUUUGCGGAUGGGCACUGUUCAGGGAUGGUACCCAGGCACAGGAACCCAGGUACCCGGGCCAGGUACAGGUUUUUCUUGUACCCGCUUACCCGGGCAGGUUGGGUCCUGCGUUUGGCUUGAUUUCGAUUUUGCAAAUUGCUUUCGGCUGCAACAAGAGGAGGGGUUUCAUGAACACGAGGGUGGAUUUCGUAUUCGAGUCGAAUGUGCAGCCCACCUUUUAA